AUGUCACCUCUCCUAAAAUAUUGGUUUAAUAUCGAGAACUUCUAUGAAACAAUUCGGCCAUGCAUCCUUCUACUAAAAUGUUUCGGCUUGCUACCCUUCUCGGUUGUUUCCGUUACUCGACGUUCUCUUCCCAGCAUCGCUGCCCCCGACGUUAGCAAUAACUUAAGGUUACUGAAAUCGGAGGUGAAAUUUAUGGAUGCCAUAAUUUUUUCAUUGUGGCAAAUGUUCUUUCUUCAAAUGCUGUACGCUUCGUGGCCUAACGAUGUUAACAAUUAUCCUUUCUCGCGCAUCAUCACAAUUGUGUCUUUAUUAUUACACCUGAUCUCGGGAGUUUUCUGUUCUGUGUCAGCUGUGCUGGCACUGCUUUUACGACAACGUUUCAUUCGUAUGGUUAGCUUAGUAGAAGAGGCCGAUCGGGUGUUUCACACAUUUUCCGACGAAAUCAAACAUGCCAAAAUCCAUCUUGUGUCGGUGGUUCUGAUAGCAAGCACUACCUUUUUUAACAUCCUGCUGGUGAUAAUCGAUGCGAUUGUAGGAAAAACUAUUUUUAAAUACUCACAUGACCAUUCGACUUCUGCUCAGUUUGUAUUCCUCUACUACUACAUCAUUCGGCUUAUACAUCUUCUUUCCGUCACUGUUUUCAUUGCGGGUGUGUAUGGGUUCCGGGAACGGUUGAAAAUGCUUAAUAAACGGUUGAGGAAGUGUUUUCUUGGAGAACUCGAAAAUGGAAAACCUACAUCCGAGAUGCUGGAGAAACUACAAGGCUUACUUACGAUCUAUAAUAACUUGUGCGAUGGUCUUCAAAUAUUUUGUCUUAUAUUUGUAUGGCAGCCUAUGUUCUUAUGCGCCACGGUUAUAAUGUCAGCAGUCUUUACGAUCCUUGCCAUCUGCAACGUUUUAGCGAACAGCGUCCUGAUCUUGAAGGCGCUCGCCAUCAUUUACUCUGCAACGACAAUAUUGUUCAUGCUUCACUUCCUGCUGGUUAUUCAGCUUAGCAACGACCUGAAGAAAGAGGGCAAGCUAACUGCCGUCCUCGUUCAUAAGGCAAUAAAUCAAUCAUGGAAGACACCAGCAGCAGUUGAACGGCUACUCCUCUUCUCCCAGUAUCUUCAGCACCAAACGCCUGUAGUAUCAUGCGGCCUGUUCAGCUUCGAUUGGACUCUUGUACUGUCGAUUAUCUCGGCUCUUGCCACAUACAGCAUUAUCAUGAUCCAGUUCGAGCUUGGCGUGCCUAAAUUUUUUAUCAGUGUGAUUUUGCAAAUCCAUGCUGAACGUAAUGUUACAGUUCCAUAG